AUGCCCGGACAAGUGGUGACCCUGAAACUUGUCCGCGAGGACAGCUCCACGCCGUGGGGAUUUCGACUGGAGGGUGGCAGGGACAUGGGUCAACCACUCAAAAUCCAACGCGUCUCUCCGGGUGGCGUGGCGGAACGCUGCGGUCUGUGCUCCGGUGAUUUGGUCUUGCGCAUCAACCGUUCCGACACUCUUCACCUGACACACAAAGAGGCUAAAAUGGAGAUUAUCCGGUCGAGCAACGAUUUGGAGAUCGCGGUCGAACGCGAAGGUUACGUGCCUCCACUCUCAUUGACGACCACGUCGACUAUCAUCCAGCCCAUGUCGACACGCGUGGAGGAGUCGGUGGUACGGGGUGUCAUGGACAACGGCCAGGACAGGGCUUGA